GAUUACAGGUGUGAGCCACCGUGCCUGGUCCAAUUGCAUUUUCAGAGUAAUUUUAAAUUGGUGGUUGAAACCUUUGAGGACAGUGAAUGUUCAAAACGGGUAAUAUGUUUCCCUUUCUUACCAUUUUAGCGUCUGCUUCUGCGCUUUGCCUGGGAGAGGCCCUGGUGGCCUCGUUCCUGGCGCCUGGAGUCCCUGCUGCGGCCCCACCCCCAGGCGGUCCCGGUGACCCAUGCUGCCCAGCCUGAAGGUAAAAUCGUUCCUGGCGGUGGCUUCGGCAUGUCGUCCACGGUGAAAACCCCGGCGCUGGAAGAGCUCGCUCCUGGCUCUGAGGAGAAGCCUAAAGGCAAGUCGCCUCUCAGCUGGGGCUCUCUGUUUGGUCACCGAAGUGAGAAGAUUGUUUUUGCCAAGAGCGACGGUGGCGUGGAUGAGAACGUACUGACUGUCACCAUCACGGAGACCACGGUCAUCGAGUCAGACUUGGGUGUGUGGAGCUCACGGGCGCUGCUCUACCUCACGCUGUGGUUCUUCUUCAGUUUCUGCACACUCUUCCUCAACAAGUACAUCCUGUCCCUGCUGGGAGGCGAGCCCAGCAUGCUAGGUAGGUGGCGGCUCGCGUGGGGUGGAAACCAGCUGCCCGGGAGGGUGUGGGGAGCCCGGGUCAGGAUGGGAACCCGGGGUGGAGCCCGCUGCAGGUGCGGGGUCAGGAUGGGAGCCCGGGUCAGGAUGGGAACCCGGG